AUGGCUCUAUUGGCUAUGGCUGAGCUCGGACUCAGCGCCUACCUGAUCAAUGAGGGGAACGAACACAAUUCCUUUCCAAGUGAACGGUAUCAAGCAAUCAUCAUUUCGAUCUGCUUCAUGGCGUCAUGGACCACCCUGUUCGCGACGACAUACAUGCUUUGGUUCUUUGACAGGGCAGGGCACCUUUUGGCCAACGUUGCCAGUUCAGUGGCUUGGCUACUCGUCACGUUCGCUAUGUGGGGCGUUGGUGCAGGUCUCAUGCAUGUCACGAGACCGGGUGGAAACUGUGCAAGACAGCCUACUCUCUCCAGGUGA